AAUUAUACGAUUUUUCAACCAAAAUGAGUGUUUCACUGUUACUCCAAAAACGGCAAGACUAAAAUUCAUCAAGAAGGCACUUUAUUUUGAAGGUUUGAAGCAAAAGUUGUGUUUUCAUUCACGUUUAAAUGUGUGUAGUCUGCUGUUGUGCUCGGGACGCCUUGAGAGCAGAGUAGGAUACAGCACGCUCCCAUUUAGAAGUUUGUAGGGAGGUUUAACUGAGGAGAAGCUUAGCCUACUCGAACGUUUGUGUACCUUUCCUAUUUCCAAUUGGCAUUCAUCUUUCUUUUUCUCUGCAAUUUUGCUUUUUGAUGACAAACGUGUAACGUCACCUCAACCAGUGGUCGGUUGGGUUGACCAGGGUCUGCUGCUGCUGCUGUCAAACUUCGGUUGACAUGGAUUUGUUACACCGAAGACGGACGGACUGAACAGUUUUAGGGGUUUCCAUCAUUCACCAGCUAGCUACGACGAAACAGACUCACUGCAACAGUUCGUUUUUUAAAGUCGUCAUUAACAUAUUUAGUUAGAAGACAUGCAAAAGUUAAAUUCCACCGGUAUUAACAGCAACACGCUUCCCCGGGACACGGAGCUCCAGCUGCGGUUAGGUGACAGCGGAGGAGCCGGGGAGGGGAAGGAGAACGGCGCUGGGAAGCAUUUCCUCACCCAACCUGAGGAAGAAAGUUCUUUCUGCACCAAGAGGAGGAUGCUUGUCGGCUUGGAUGUAAUAUGUCUUUGUGUCGCCUCCAUCCCAUUCUUUGCGUGUGAGUUGAAGGCGGUGACUCCGUACCGGCGAGGCUUCUUCUGUGGAGACUCCAGCAUCACCUAUCCCUUCGUGGAGAGUGAGGCCAUUCCUGAUGGCCUGCUCAUUGCUGGUGGUAUAGCCAUCACUGGCCUAACGAUCGCACUGGGUGAAUGCUAUCGGGUGCGUUUCCGAGGUGUCCACUCACGGGCUUUUGUGCGAAACUGCUAUGUGUCGUGCCUCUACAAGGAACUGGGAAGCUUCCUGUUUGGCUGCUGUGUGGGUCAGUCUCUCACUAAUAUGGCCAAGCUUAGUGUGGGACGCCUGCGCCCCAAUUUCCUGUCUGUCUGUAACAUCACCUAUGCGUCCAUCAACUGCACUCCGGGCAGCUACGUGUCCCAUGUCACCUGCAGGCAGCCUAGUCAGAAGAUGGUGGAGGAAGCAAGGAAGUCUUUUUUUUCCGGCCAUGCUUCCUUCGCAAUGUACACCAUGCUCUAUCUGGCAUUCUACCUGCAGGCACGGUUGUCAUGGCGAGGAGCUCGGCUGUUGCGGCCGCUUAUACAGUUCCUCUUAGUGAUGAUCGCGAUCUACACCGGCCUGAGCCGCAUCUCUGACUACCGUCACCACCCCACUGACGUCCUCACAGGUUUCAUCCAAGGAGGGCUCACUGCAUACUGGGUGGCCUUCUACAUUUCCUCCAUGUUUAAGCCCUGCGCCCGUCCAGACCUGUCUCCCACUAGCAUGUCCCUAGAGAGUCAACUGUCCGGCCAGCAAACUGUCUGUUAGCAGGCACACGCAAUCAUUCCAGGGAUCAGAAGAUAAGAGAAGAUGGACCUGGAGAGUAUUAGAUAGCACAGGUAAAGAGCAGAAAGAAGAGAGAAAUGUUAGUUUUUAAGAAAAGGGAAUCGUUCUAAGAGAAUGAUACUAUUAAAGUACAAUCUAACACAUGCUCUCUAUCUUUGGGCAUACUGAUACACAUACAUUCACACAGUAAUCUAACAUGUUCACACACUCACACGUGAAACACAAGAAGCACAUUUGACUGUAAGUCAAACCCGUCCAGUGAAAGAACUGCAUAGUAAUAUUACAGAUAUUUUUUAUAUAUGAAAAGAAAAUUAAAAAGUCUAUUUUUCAAGAGGAUUUUUAGAAGCUGCUAAUGUUGAUAGUUUCCAGUUUUGAACUUGUUUCUUCUGUGAAUGAGGCAUUUGGUCAGUGCAUUUAGUUAGCUUUCAAAGCAGAACUGGUCACUCUUUGGUCUUCGGGUGAGAGAGAGGACAAAACUGCAGCCAUCCUCUUUGUUUUCGAUCCUCUGCUCGAGUUGGAAAACAUCACCCAGCAGCUGUGAACUGAGACCAUCAGACCUCAGAUCUAAAGACAGCUCUGUACCAAGUGACAAAACUGGCAGUGAGAAGGAACAAGCACUGGCUUCAACUUCUAACCAUCUUCACCUUCAGUGGCCUAAUGUGCCACUGCCCUAUGUCACUAUGACUAAACAAUAACCUAUACUUAAGCAAAGAAAAAAACAGUAUUUGUGCUGUAAUCCAAUGUUAUUAUAACUUACUUUUCUGUGUAACCAAGUAGUGAUGUUUAGGAAUCUGACCAAGUAACUUCCCAUCCCAAUAACUACCACUUUUCUUUACUAACCACUUUGACUGUGUCUCAGAGGUGGAGCUUUGACUGAAUUCUAUAACCUUUGACUUUUGCCCCCCGACGCUCUGAGCUGCACCUUGAUUUAUGCCACUCUGACAGGAGAGCCAAAGUGGCUGUGACCCAAGCGGCCCUCCUGUGCAUCUUUAUUAAUAGCACUUGAACGAACAUAAUGGAACCUUUUAAUUAUAAUCAAUAUUAUAUAUUUUAUCACAAGUUUGAAUAAUCAGUGUUUAUUUUUGUUAAUGUCAGACUCAUACAUUAUGUGUUUUUUUUUCUUGAAAUGAUAAUUAUUCAAAUUGAAUGUAAAUAGCUAUGUCAUUUUAUAAACCACACAGAAUUUCAAAAGUAUUAGUUCCAGUUUUGGACAGUUUUUUCAUGUUUAUUAAGUGUUUGUAUUUACGUUUUUGUCGAUCAGGUACGGAGAGUCACUAUUGUAUCUGUUGUAACUACUAGACUGAGCCACAGAUAUUAUCAGAAAGCUAUAUUUUUUGUGUACCCAGUAAUUGUUAUUUGUUUGUUUUGUCUGUGAAUGCCAGAAAGGCAGAAAUAACCACUGUACUCAAAAAACCAAACCAAUAAAAUGAAUGUUGAAUGUU